AUCCGUUUUGUCACAGAAGGAGAAGCCAGUCUCCACGCGUGUGUCCAGAGCGGUCUUGCCGCCGAUGUUCUUCCAGUGCACGGAUUCCUUGUAGCUGAUGCGGGUGGCAGCACGCUUGAUAUCUGUUCAUAUGCGGUCCGAGGAACAAAUCCCCUGGUUAUCGAGGAGGUAGCUCCUCCUGAU